AAUGUCUUAAUAAGAACCGAACCAUAUUUUAAUCAAUUUUAGAGCAAAUUUUUGUUAUUUUAAACUAUCUGAGACGAAAAUCCAGCAUCAAAGCAAGACGAGAGUACGACAAGAUGAUUCACAGUCUUUUUAUUAUCAAUUCCAGUGGAGACAUUUUCCUCGAGAAACAUUGGAGAAGUGUCGUGAAUCGAUCUGUCUGCGAUUAUUUUCUUGAUGCUCAAUUAGCAAAACCAAACGACAUUCCUCCCAUCAUUCAAACAGCCCAUCAUUAUCUCGUUUCGGUGCAGCGAAAUGGCGUUUCUCUCGUUGCUGCCUGCAAACAAGAAUCUCCUCCGUUGUUUGUUAUUGAAUUUUUGCAUCGUGUCGUCGAUACCUUUGAGGAUUACUUUUCCGAAUGUACAGAGUCGAUUAUCAAGGAAAAUUAUGUGCUUGUUUACGAAUUGCUCGAUGAGAUGUUGGACAAUGGUUUUCCAAGCGUGACAGAAAGUAAUGUCUUGAAGGAAUUGAUAAAACCGCCCAAUAUUUUACGAACAAUCGCAAAUACAGUCACGGGAAAAUCGAAUAUGGCAGGAACUUUGCCAACGGGACAGCUAUCGGCAAUUCCGUGGCGUCGUACAGGCGUCAAAUACACAAAUAACGAAGCCUAUUUCGAUGUUGUUGAAGAAGUUGACGCCAUCAUCGAUAAAUCGGGGUCGACUGUUUUUGCCGAAAUUCAAGGAUAUAUCGAUUGUUGCAUCAAGCUCUCGGGCAUGCCGGAUCUGACACUUUCUUUCAUGAAUCCUCGCUUAUUUGACGAUGUCUCCUUUCAUCCGUGCGUUCGUUUCAAACGAUGGGAAGGCGAACGACUUUUAUCUUUCAUUCCUCCGGAUGGCAAUUUUCGUCUCAUGUCUUAUCACAUAGGGACACAAAGUAUCGUUGCGAUUCCCAUCUAUGUGCGUCACAAUUUAUCCUUCAAAACGGGCGAACAAGCAAAACUCGAUAUCACGGUAGGUCCGAAAACAACUCUCGGGCGUACGCUUGAAAAUGUAAAGUUGGAAAUUCAGAUGCCCAAAGCAAUUUUGAACUGCUCGUUGACAACAAAUCAAGGAAAAUAUGCCUUUGAUCCGACAAAUAAAGUUCUGACAUGGGACGUGGGACGCAUUGAUGUAACGAAAUUGCCAAAUAUUCGGGGAAGCGUUUCUGUGCAAGUAGGCACAACAAGUCUCGAGACAAAUCCUUCAAUUAAUGUGCAUUUUACGAUCUCCCAACUGGCUGUUUCUGGAUUGAAAGUUAACCGAUUAGAUAUGUACGGAGAGAAAUACAAACCGUUCAAGGGAGUCAAAUAUUUGACAAAAGCAGGAAAAUUUCAAAUGAGAAUGUAAUUGAAGCUCGUUAUCUAUCGCUUUUAUUAUU